UUUGCUUGUUUAUCUGUAGAAGAAGAAAUUAAAAAAAAGGCAACUUUGUGUUUGGUCCAUAUAUGAAGAACGCGUUUCAGUAAACCUAUCUUUCCUGGAAAAUUCUGUGUCCUCAAAAGUUUAGUCUUCUGAUUUGUCGAAACUUCUCUCAGGCGAAUUCGAGUUUCAUUGUUUUUGGAGUUACCGGUGUAGUUUUUAUCCGCGGAUCUCUCUAUCUCUCUCUCUCUUUAGUUGAAACUUAACGAAAUGGCUCGUCCACAAGACCCUCCACGUGGUUUCUUCCCUUUUGGGAACCCGUUUAAGAAUCUAUCUUCGAAGAACUCGGUACUGUCCUCAAAGCUUCUCUCACUCUUGAACAAUUUUGAGACCAACUUAGCAUCUUCUAUUACAAAGCUUGUCCCAAAGGAGAAGAGCGAAAUCCUUACUGUUUCAUGGAUGAAACUAGCUAUGGAAUCUCUGUGCCAGACACAUAACAAUAUCAAGACCCUUAUAACCGAUCUAGAGCUUCCUGUAUCAGAUUGGGAAGACAAAUGGGUUGAUGUCUAUCUUGACAUCAGUGUGAAACUCCUUGAUCUCUGCAAUGCUUUUAGCUCUGAGCUAACCCGUCUCAACCAAGGCCAUCUCUUACUCCAGUUUGCUUUGCACAACUUAGAGGCAAACUCUCCUCAGAAUCUGUCGAAAGCUCAAUCAUCACUAGACAGCUGGAAGAAACAUGUUGUUUCCAAGAACCCGAGAAUUGAAAAUUGCCGUGCAAUCUUGAGCAGCCUUGUCCAAACCUUGAACCUCCCCAAGGUGAAAAACUCGGCCAAAGGAAAAGUCUUGAUGCGGGCUCUAUAUGGUGUAAAGGUUAAGACCUUGUACAUCUCUGGUGUGUUUGCUGCAGCGUUCUCAGGUUCAUCGCAGAAUCUGAUGUACCUGACUGUCUCAAGCGAGCUUCCAUGGGCACAAUCCUUCAUGGAAAUGCAGAACACCAUGAACGGAGAAAUCAAGAACAUAUUCCUAUCAGACAGGUUAACGGUGUUGAAAGAGCUCGAGGCAGUUGACUCAGGUGUUAAGAAGAUUUACCAUGCGAUCCAACAAGGAUCAAUAGAUCCCAUCUCGCUGCAGCCAUUGAAGAAUUCGGUUACAGAGUUAUCGAAUGGGCUAGAUCUUGUUUCGAAGGAAGUCGACUGUUUCUUCAAGAUACUAUUAUCGGGGAGAGACACAUUACUAGAGAACCUGAGGUCGAUGGGCACAUCAACCAUAUUGGCAACAUCACCAAAAAAGGCUGCCGGAAAAAAGUAAAGAGGGUUGUGAUUGACUGUGAUUGUGUGUACAGAUGGUCUUACUUUAAGUGUUCCAUCUUGGUAAUGAAUGUAUUAGGGGUUUGUGAUAUUGUAGUCGUUUGUAUGAGAUGCUUUGAAAGUACUAUUUGUAUAAGUAAAGGUCUUAUAAACUUAUAUAUAAAUCGCUAUUGUGAACA